AUGGCCCGCACCCGCUGGCAAACGGGCAACUCCAAGCCGCGCAUCUUCGACACAGUCAACACCGCUUCCGUCAAAAAGCGCAGGAAGACCACCAAGAAGGAGAGGGCCCGUAGUGAGGACGGUCCCGUCCCCGAGGUGCAUCUGUUGGACAAGAAGCUCCCAUGCCCUUACUGCGACAAGACUUAUCGUAAAGUCGAUUAUCUCGUAGGGUCAGCGUCGCCCGAGACGAACCUCACCGAUGCACAGUCUACCGACAUGGACGUUCAAAUGUAUACCGACAAUGGUGCAUCCCCCCUAUCCGCAACCGGCCAUCCGCAACCCGAUUUGUCUUCCUCCACGGCUCCCUUUGUCGCCACGGAGAUAGGCAACCUACCUGACUUCGACAGCCUGGCACCAUAUCAUCCGCAGAACAGGGCCUGCGUCGACGGAAGAGCGGCCAACGUAGCUGCUGACUUUCCCAAGCAGACAAAGUUUAACCCAUACUCCUUCAUGCCGAUAUCCUAUGACGAGCUCGGCCACGACAAUGUCGCAGCGCUAGCGAAUCGUGAUGGGGAACGUGCGCUCGCGCAGCGCCCCAGUCUGUGUUGUGCAAGGCGAAUGACAGGGACACGUAGUGUACCGCCGCGACCAACCUGUGCGCGUGCUGCGCGUCUUGUUAAAGGAGGGAAGUCCAGGGGGACAGCACCCGGCCUACGCGGCCCCACGUGCUCCGUACAACCGCCUCACUUUCCGUCUCGGGGUGUUCGCGCCACCGGCGACUGGGUCGACUGUUUGGUGUAG